AGGUAAUUAAUCUCUACGCUUCUCUCCCUGCAAUUACUCUUUGAGAGCAUUUCUCUCUAGAACUCCGAGUAUUGCUGACUUGAGCGUUGGAGUGUUCUUCCCGAGGAAACAACCUUGGGAUUUUCAGGUGUGGAAGCAGCUGAGGACUUCAACAGUGUUGGAUUGCGAAGCUGCCCAAACAUUUUGGCGCCGUCUGUGGGAACUCGAACAAGAAGUUGUGUGACUUAACCUGCUGAAAGACAAAAUGGUCCGUACUUUUACAGGAGGUCGCCCUCCAAGAAAUGAGAUGGACGAACAGGAGGACGCCCAAGCAUCUAAGCCCGGCUUACAUGAUUUUAGACCAAUGCCCAGAAACCUUUUUGUUGGGGGAGCAGAACAGGAUCACCUAAGCGAAACAGAUGAUGAUGAAAGAACACCAACUGGGUAUGCAACCCAGCCUGAACAGUUCCAAGUUCCAACAGGAACAAGAUCAAGACCUUCUAGACCAUACAAUUCACAGCGUGAACGACCUGAAAGGUCAACAGAACCUGCUCGGACUACCGAGCUCGAAGAGAGAACCAGAGUUCUCGAAAUGGCAAUGGGAAAGAUCCUUGCCCAUUUGAUUCCUGAUAACCCCCUGAUUCCUGAUAACCCCCUGAUUCCCUUGUUGAACAGGGAUGCACAACCAGCUGCGGUUGUUGCAACUCGAAACUCCCCCGCUCUAAGCAACAUAGUGGUGCCGACCAGGCCAAGGGGAAGUGGAAAGCUAAAUAUCGAGCCCAGCUCAUCCAAGCACAGCGAAGAACUAUUGAAGAAGAACGCAGACCUUGAAAGGCAGCUACGAGAUGUACAAAAGUCUAUAGAUGAGCUGAAAAGUCCCAAGUCGUAUCAGCAAACUCUUGAUUUAGAUAGCGCCCCAUUGAACCUAUCCAUCACAGCAGAACCGUAUCAAGAGGGAUUCAAAAUUCCCCAUUUAGAGACGUAUGAUGGCUCGGGCAACCCAGAUGAACAUCUGCACACUUAUCAAGCCAUCAUGAGAAUCCAAAACGCCAAUGAUGCCAUGAUGUGCAAAGUGUUCCCAGCAACACUUAAGACAACAGCCAGGAGAUGGUAUCACAAACUCCCCAGACAUUCCAUAGACUCGUACUCCCAGCUCGCUAAGCUAUUCUCCAACAAAUUUGCGAGCCAAAGGGAGAUUAAACGUACAGCGACUGAACUAAUGCAGGUUCAUCAAAAAGAGGGAGAGUCUUUGAGGGACUACAUGCAACAAUUCAACAAAGCUACUUUGGACAUUGAUAAUGUCCCCGAUACCAUUUGCUUAUCUGCCUUGUUGCAUGGCCUGAAGCCUGGCCGGUUUUUGGACGACCUGCUGGAGAAUCCACCCAAGUCAUGGAAUGAAGUAAAUGACAGGUCGGCGAGCUUCAUAUUGUCCGAAGAUUUUCAAUCUUCUAAGAGACGAGCUGAUGACAGGCACGGAAAAGAACCCAAGCAGCCUAAAAACAAAGAUGACAAGAAGAAACAGAAGGUUGGCGAGCAGAGAGGGAAACCACCCUCUUAUCCAAGAUAUGACAGCUAUAUACCCUUGAGCUCGUCACGAUCCCAGAUAUUGUCACAGAUACAGCAUUGGGUCAAGAGACCCCCUCCACAAACGCAUGAUUCUUCACGAGCUGACAGAAGCAAAUAUUGCGACUAUCACCGUGUCUACGGCCAUAACACAGAAGACUGUCAGAGUCUGAAGGACGAGCUCGAAUUCUUGGCCCGUAAUGGAAAAUUGGAGGGCAAUCCAAAUUCUUACCAGACAGGUCCGUACUCAUUUGAGCCGAACAGAGCAUACAGAGGACGCCCGUUCAAUAGGCGUGGGCAAGGACAGAAAGCACCUACGCAGAACCAAAAAGACCACAGAGGAGUCGGGUACGGUGGAAUACCCCCGCCAUUUGGCCCAAUCAAUAUGAUCUCUGGUGGUAUACAUGCAGGAGGUCAAAGCGCCCGAGCCCGCAAGGCGUACGCUCGCCAGGUGAUGACAGUAAAUAAGAACCGGCCCCUUAAGCAUCCAUUUGAGGAGGCAGAGUGGCAGAAUGCGGCCAUAAUGUUUAGCCCGGCAGAUUACCAACGAGCAGGAGAGCCUGACGUCGUGAUGCCUCAUGCGGAUCCUUUUGUAGCAACAGUCCAUAUAGGCAACCAUAACGUUAAUAAAGUCUUCAUUGACACUGGGAGCUCGCCUGAUAUCCUGUAUUGGAGCUGCUUUCAAAAGAUGCAGCUGAACCCCAGCUCGUUACAAAAAUAUGAAGGGCCUAUCUAUGGGUUCGACAAUCAACCUGUUCCAGUGGAGGGAGUAAUUACACUUCCCAUUUACGUGGGCUCAGAACCACGCUUCAGGAUGGCUUCAGUCAGUUUCCUGGUCGUCAAAAUGGAAUCAGCCUUCAAGGCCAUGCUAGGAAGGGCUACUCUGUGCGAACUGAAGGCUGUCAUCUCACAACCCCAUCUCUGCAUGAAAUUCCCAACGCCUCAAGGGGUGGGAGUGCUGAAGGGGAAUCAGAAGAUGGCCAGGGCAUGUUAUCAGGAUACGUUUAAGAAGGUUGAGCUCGCUGUAGCCCCUGGAGGAUCUGAAAGUAGUAGGCCGACUCAGCCCGGCCAGCAGACAAUGAGCAUAUCGGACAUUGAGCAUAGACCUGAGGGUGUCGAGCAAAAAGCAGAGCCGGUAGAGCCAGUGGAAACUGUUCCUUUAAACCCUGAUGUGCAGGAAAGAACAGUAAAGAUAGGCACCAAACUCACAGAAGAAGAACGAGCAGAGCUUCUGGAGUUUUUGAGGGUCAAUCAAGAUGUGUUCGCGUGGACUACUGAUGAAAUGCCUAGCAUCCCGGCGGAGUUGACAGUCCACAAACUCAGCACAGAUCCCACCAGAAGGCCGAUGGUGCAGAAACGUCGCCUUUUUGGCCCAGAGAAACAAGCCGCCAUAGACGAGGAUAUACAAAAGCCGUUACAGGCAGGCUUCAUUAGAAGAAUGGAGUACUCUGAAUGGGUGUCUAACCUUGUGCUCGUCAAAAAGCCAAAUGGCAAGUGGAGGAUGUGUAUUGACUUCACCAACCUCAAUGAUGCGUGUCCGAAAGACCCUCAUCCCUUGCCAAACGUCGAGAAGUUAGUGGAGCGGGCAGCUGGGCAUGAACGGAUGAGUUUUCUUGACGCCAGCUCAGGCUAUCACCAGGUUCAGUUGCUGUUGGACGAUAAGGAGAAAACAGCUUUCUACGCUGGUGACGCUAUCUAUUGCUAUGUGAUGAUGCCAUUUGGCUUGAAAAAUGCUGGUGCUACAUAUCAGAAGUUGGUACAAAUCAUCUUUAAGCUCCAGAUCGGCAGAAACAUAGAAGUGUAUGUGGAUGACAUGAUAGUCACCAGCGAGCGAGCUGAGGACCAUAUAGACGACCUGAGUGAGACCUUUCAAAAUCUGCGCCGGGCCCGAAUGAAGCUGAAUCCCAUGAAGUGCACAUUCGCCGUAGAAUCAGGAAAAUUCCUAGGGUACGUUGUAUCCAAGAAAGGAAUCGAAGUGAACCCAGAGAAGGUUCUGGCUGUUCAGCAGAUGGAGCCUCCCAAGACUGUAAAAGACGUGCAGCGCUUGACAGGUCGUAUAGCUGCGCUGCACAGAUUCAUAGCCAGGUCGGCAAAAAGAUGCCUGCCGUUUUUCAAAGCCUUGCGAGAGCCCAAGCACUUUCAAUGGACCGACGAGUGUCAGCAGGCGUUUGACGAGCUUAAGCAGUACCUGACAUCUGCACCCCUGCUGUCCAAGCCGAACUACCCAUUAGUAGAAAAUGCUGCUUUUGCCCUGGUUUACACAGCUCAACCUAAACUCUCGGGUUGGCUUAUUGGGUGGAACGUUGAGCUGAGUGAAUAUGACCUCAAAUUUCAACCGCGCACGACCAUAAAAGGCAAGGCCGUUGCAGACUUUCUGGUGGAGUGCAUCUCAGCAACCAAAGAAGAAAAAGUACCCGAACACCCAACUUGGGUUUUGUAUGUUGAUGGAGCAGCCAACAUUGAAGGGUCGGGUGCUGAGGCUGUGUUACUGGGCCCAGAUGGCUUUAAAUUUGAGCACGCACUGAGGUUUAAGUUUCAGACAACCAAUAAUGCUGCAGAAUAUGAAGCCCUCAUUUACGGACUGAAGCUAGCGUCCGAGCUGAAGGUGCGAAGCAUCCGGGUUUUCAGCGACUCUCAGCUCGUGCUGGGCCAGGUGAAUGGCAGUUGUGAAAUUAGGGACCCCCAGCUCGGUCAUUAUGCCUCUCUGGUCAACAGAUUGAAGUCAGUAUUUGUCCUCUUCCAAAUUGAUAAAAUACCAAGAGCAGAUAACCACCAAGCUGACGAGCUGUCAAAGUUGGCCUCCUCGCAGAACAUUAACCCUCGGAGAUCAACAAUCGUCGAGACCACCCCGCUCAUAAAUUAUCUGCAAAGUGGCAAACUACCUGAAGACCAGUCCGCUGCAAAAUUGACUAAGCGGAGGGUGGCACAUUUCACUUUGUUAGAUAACCAGCUCUACAAACGAGCAGCCUCAAUGCCCCUAUUACGCUGCCUUACUCCUUAUGAGGCUGAAUACGCUGUGAGGGAAGUUCACGAAGGAGUAUGUGGGGAAAUGCUAUCCUCUCUUACAUCACCCUGGCCCUUUGCUCAAUGGGGUGUCGACCUGCUCGGCCCUUUCAUCAAAGGCAAAGGAGGCUGCACUUUCCUGGUCGUUGCAGUGGAUUACUUCACUAAAUGGAUAGAAGCUAAACCUUUGUCCACGACAACAGAAAGGAAAAUAGAAGAAUUCUUGUUCAAUUCAAUAUUGUGCAAGUAUUCUUUGGUGAUUUCAGUCAUAAAUAAAAUGUAUGCAAACGUAGUUCCUAGCUCAGCUCGAUCAUCUGUGCGCAGGUUCGGCAUACCUAAGCGGAUUAUCGUCGACAAUGGGCCGCAGUUCCGAGCAGCAGCACUGAGAUCGUUCUGCAACAACUAUGGCAUCGAGCUCUCCUUGACGUUUGUGUAUACUCCGCAAUCAAACGGGCAGGCCGAGUCUGCCAAUAAGAUUGUCUUGCGAGGCCUCAAGGUGCGUGUUAUAGCCGCGCGUUCUAAUUGGGUUGACGAGCUCAAUAAAGUACUGUGGUCAUGUCGUACUACACCCAGCUCGGCCACAGGCGAAACCCCGUUCAGCCUAACAUAUGGAGUUGAGGCCGUCAUCCCUGUCGAAGUCGAGUUGCCAUCUGCUAGAUCAAAUCGUCAUGACGAUCAGAAUAACGAGCAACUUUUAAGAGAAAACCUAGACCUAGUGGAGGAAAUCAGGGAAAUGGCUCGAAUUAGAAACAUGGCACACCAAAGUCAUGUUGCAAAAUUCUAUAACAAAAGAGUUCGAGCUCGACAGUUUCAAGUCGGCGAUCUGGUUUUACGCAAAGCUGGACUAACCAACGUCUAUUCACACAUGGGCAAGCUCGCCCCUAAUUGGGAAGGGCCUUAUAUGGUUAUUUCCAUUCAGCGACCUGGGUCUUACCAGUUGGCAGAUUUUCAAGGUCACCCAUUACCAUUUAUUUGGAACAUACACAAUCUUAGGAAGUUUUACAGUUAGUGUGUAUUUUAUUAGUGUUCAGGUCAUUACUGAUCGUUUGUAAACAGAGAUUUACUAAACAUUCAACAUAGAA